GCCACACCGCGAGAGCGGCGCCCGCCCCGCCAGGGCGAGGGGAGGAGGCGCAGCCCGCGGGCAGGGAGCUGGAUGAGGACGUGUGUGCGGGCAAGGCAGCCCCUCGGGCAUGAAGGGGACCGCGGGGACGCUGCCCUGCGCUGCAGCCGAGCGGGGACAUCAGAGGAGUAGGAUCAAGUAUCCCUACAAGCGUAAUGUCGGCAUCUGUAAUGGCUACAUCUUACUCUUCUGCGAAAUUUACCUACCUGCGCGUGUCAGUUUAGGAAGACAGCUGCCUUCAGAUGGUACAGAACUCACUGACAGUUGCUCUUUCUUCAGUCCUACUUCAUGAGAACUUCAGAAGUUACUAACUGAGCAGAUGGUACGUGAACAAUACACAACAACGACACCAGGCACGAGCCUAGAGAGGCCGAAGAAUGAAUAUAUCUACAAAAUUGGAAUUUAUGGCUGGAGAAAGCGUUGUCUCUACCUGUUUGUUCUCCUCCUGCUUAUCAUCCUAGUUGUGAACUUCUCUUUGACAAUUUGGAUUCUGAAAGUGAUGUGGUUUUCCCCAACUGGAAUGGGACACCUGCGUGUUACAAAGGAAGGGCUUCGACUGGAAGGGGAAUCUGAAUUCUUAUUCCCUCUUUAUGCCAAAGAAAUCCAUUCGAGAGUGGACUCAUCACUGCUUCUCCAGUCUACUCACAAUGUGACUGUGAACGCUCGCAAUUCAAAUGGGGAAGUCACAGGCAGAUUAAAUGUGGGUCCUAAAAUGGUAGAAUUCCACAGUCAGCAAUUUCAGAUCAACUCAAAGGAUGGAAAGCCACUUUUUACAGUGGAUGAAAAUGAAGUUGUAAUUGGCACAGAUAAGCUUCGAGUCACAGGGCCUGAAGGAGCACUUUUUGAACAUUCUGUAGAAACACCACUUGUGAAAGCAGAAGCUUUUAAACAGCUUAGGCUGGAGUCACCAACUCGAUCUUUGAGCAUGGAUGCACCACGAGGAAUUAAUAUCAAAGCACAAGCUGGGAAUAUUGAAGCUCUUUCCCAGAUGGAUAUCAAACUACACAGCAGUGAUGGCGUGCUUUUGCUCGAUGCCGAAACUGUGCGGCUGCCCAAGCUGCCUGAGGGCGCACGGGGCGGAUCCGGGAUUUCUCAGGGGCUCUAUGAAAUCUGCGUGUGUCCAGAUGGAAAGCUCUACUUGUCGGUGGCCGGCGUGGGCUCCACGUGCCAAGAGUACAGCCGGGUCUGCCAGUGAGGCGCGCGGAACGGCCGCACGCACACCCCUUGCGCCUCUGAGUUUGGUACUACUCCUAAAGAGCAUUACUGAAAAGGUGUUUUUCAGUGUUUUAAAAAAAAAGCACUUACCAUUUGGGAAACAAAUCUGCAUCUGCAAUUCUGGAAUACAGGGUGUAAGGGGAAGAAGAGCACAAAUGACAUUUCCACUUCAGAAGAAUGACUUGAAUCCGAUUACAUGUUUUGUCAGUAACACUUGGAAAACAGCCUUACAGAGAGCAUAAAAAAAUAAAACAAAUAUGUUUCCUUGCCGAACUAUUAUUCAGUCAGAUGAUUAUGUCGUUGUUCAUAUUUUUGAGAUCCGUGGGUUUUUCCUCUCACUACAUGUAAACACUUACUGUGUUAGUGGGUGAAAUUAAAUUGAGGGAACUACUUGAAUUAUUUGUAAGACAAAGCAUUAUUAGGAGAAUUCAGAAAGUGCCAGCAAAUGGUCUAUGCAAUUUUGUUCUUGCAAUAACACAAGAUAGAAAAAUGCGGUAUUUGUAUAAGUUCUGUGUAAAAGAUGUUAAUUUGCUAAUAGCUUUCUAUUUUAAUUUGGCAACACUAUGCUGAUUUGCUUCUUACUGAGAUUCAUAUAAAAAUAACUAAUGCAAAAAGCUCCAGAAGUCAUGAAGGCCUCUCUGUGUCUCAGAUCCAUUCACCAUAGAACAAAGAAUUAAGUUAGUAUAUUUUAUAAUAGCAGUUGUUUGUUCUACUGCCUGUACUGUCAUAUUCAUUUAAAUCCUUUUUUAUUUUAGGACAUGCUAAUUCAACAAGGCAAUCUGUUGUGCCAGCUGGACUAGUAAAAAGAAAAGAAAUAUAUGUCUUCAGAUUGUCUGACACAAGGAACUAUUUGGGCACUGGGAAAAAAUCCUUUUAUGUAGCCCACAGAUUCAGUUAAGAGGAAUAUUUCAUUUCCAUCUGCACCUGUUGACUGAUAUAUCUGAUCCUGUCAGAGUGGGACUCCAUCACAAACAGAGAGAGUAGAACUGUUACUAUUUUUUACAUUAGGACUUUGGAUACAAAAUAAAUGCUCACCAGAGCUGACAAACCGUUUAUUGGCCUUGUAAACAAACAUGACUGCAGACCCGUUCCCCUGUACAUUGUUGCACUGAAAACAAAUAAAUUGUUUGCACACCUCUGGGUAGCAAGAUUUGUAUUUAGUAGUCUGUUGUUAAAACCUCAUGGGUUUUUUUUAUUCCUUUGAUGCCAUUUUGUAUACACUUUUUGAUUUUAUUAUCCAGGAAGGAGCUAUCACAUAGUGCCUUGGUGUCUAUUUACAGAAGGGUUUUAACCCACAGUGUUAAUAAACCACAAAUAUCCACCUUUUGGGAAAAAAAUGAAUCAUCAUCCUUAAAACAGAAGAAUCGGGACAAAAUAACUACUAACUUUUUAAAAACUUGCUACUUUGGCUCUGGUGAACAAAGGAAGAAAACCAACCCUCAGAUGAGAUCUCCUGUCUUCAGGAGUGAGUCCAAGGCUGUUGGCCAUUAGGAGAGAAAUGUGUUUAUCUCCACAGCUGUAUUUCUUCACUGUAUCUGUCUCUACAGCUAAGCCCUCAGCUGAAGCACAGUUUUGACAGAAGCCUGUCUUCAGUAUUCUUUUAAAGGCAGUUUAGGUGGUUCCAGCUCAAUGCACAAGAUUUUACAAACCAAAAUAUGAGCAGACUCAGUUUAAUCAUUGAAUAGAAAGUAUGAGUACUAAAAUGAAGGUCAGCAAAUACCCUUGCAUGUGCCAGAUACCUUAAAUGUGCUGCUACAGGUAACUUGGAGAACUGUAAUGUCACCAGUCUCUUACAGGCGUAGUAUUAACAGCAAAACUAGGACUUGAGUCCUUAGAAAUUUCAGCCAUUGUUCUGACAUCAAGGAACAUAUGCCCACUUCCAUGGAGUAUCAAACAAAUCAUUCUCCUAAUCUAACCUAAAUGUUAGCCAGAUACUGCAAAAUAGUUAAAAUCCUCUUGUUCUGCUGGCAAUAGAAGUACAGCACUUAAGUUAUACAUUUUAAGCUUUUGUUUUGGAGGCACAUUUUCAAAUGUGAUUUGCCAGUUAAUUCACAGCAAAGGAUUGAACUGAGGCUUUCCAAGCAAGAAAAACCUGACCCCUAAGGAGCUAGGAAAAUCAGGGUGCAGUCCCCUGGCUGGUAACACUGUUAAGCAUGAUGGUACUUGAUUUAGACACUGAAAUAACUACCACCUUUCUUGUGGAGAUAAUCUGGACUUGCUUCAGUUCUCAGGUGGAUUCUGAGUGGUACCAAAACCUAAAGAGGUCUGCUGUACCCUCAGCACUGCCAUUACCCGAAUCACCAACAUGAUCCUUUUCAUUGCUUAAAUUUCAUUCUUCUUUCAAUUAUGCUGCAACUGACAUCAGAAGUAUUGUUCCAUUUUUCUAUUGUGCACAUUUUUAAAGCAUGACUGGUGACAUCUUGUCACUAUUUUUUUUUCUUUUAGGUGUGGUUAGUAGAGAAACAAAAUUUAUGCUAAAAUUACCAGAGUGUAAUCAGCCGAUGCUACAACCUAAAUUACUGUUAAUCUCAACACAGUUCAUACAUCACUAAAUUAUCAUUUCUGAUAUCUCCAUCUAUCCCUCUCUCUUUAAUACUUCAAAAUUACUGUUUCUACUUGAAUCAAACUUCAGUAAAUAGUUAGAGUAAUAGAAAAUUAUGGCACACAGGGAAGAGAGUAUGCAGUUCUCUAGUUUAUUUCCAAAAGUAUUAUCCAAGUGGGAGAGAGAAAAAAAAUCACUACCAGCAUAGUGAACUGAUUUCUUUGCAUAUUUAUUCCCUCAAAAAGAAUUAUUUACAGCAGUUGUUGCAACUGGUUGCAAUUGUUGCAUGGUGGAAAAAACAUAGAAAGACUUCACUGGUGAUUGCCCAAACAUGAGCCUUUUUUUUCCCCAUUUCACCGUCCUUUAGUAUUUGCAUUUGUCUGUCUUUAUUUAGCUUUAUGCAAAAGGAAAUUGCAAGAACUGGAAACUGAGUUCUUGAAUAAACUUUAUACAUUUUGAACAGUA